AUGUUCCGAUCAACUGCUCUCAAAUCUCUCCGAGCUCCUCUCCAAGCUCAAACUCAAACCAGAUCAUUCGUAUCCAAAGCUCAACUCGUGGGUCGACUCGGUGCUGCCCCUGAGAAGGGAACUACCAGCGGUGGUCAAGAUUACUAUAGAUACUCUCUUGCUGUUACCAAACCCGGUAAGAGAGAUGCUGAAGGAAGUGAGUUGAUGGACUACCGUCGUCUGUUCAAACGGAGACACCAUAUUGACAUGUACUUGCUUUUGCAGAACCCGUUCUUGAUGAACAAGGUUACCCUGUCCGAGAAUCAUCCUGGUUCACCGUAUUCAACUUCAAAGAAAGGGCUGCCGAGGCUCUUGAGAAAUUACAACCUGGUUCAUUACUCUACGUUGAGGCCCAAAUCGACACCAUCACCACUCCCCACCCGCCGAUGUAAACCUAAAUCGGAUUAA